CACAAGACGCAGAUCGUUGAUCUGAUCAACUUCAACAUUAACCACCAAACGUCUCAGGGCACACAGGUAUUUGCGUGCAGCAGGUGCGAGGGCAGGGAAACGGGCCUGGUUGCGUUUCCAGUACUCCAAAGGACUGUCGUUCCUGGGAAUUGUGGGUUCGGCCAGUGGUCUCCGAUGUCUUAUCCUACCCCAUUGUACUCUCACGCCGGCCACGGGCCCUUCACCGAUGUGUACGAGCCAUCCGAGGACUCCUUUCUAUUGAUCGACACCCUGGAGCAGGAUGUUGACAGACUGAAGAAAAUUAGUCCCUCUGUGUGUUUAGAGGUGGGCAGUGGCUCUGGGGUGGUAUCCGCCUUUCUGGCUUCAGUGAUCGGACCUACAGCUCUAUACCUCUGUACCGAUGUGAAUCCUGCUGCAGCCCAGUGUACACAAGUGACAUCUUGCUGCAAUGGAGUUCAACUGCAGCCUGUCAUCACUGACUUGGUGGACUCUCUUUUGCCGAGGUUGUUGGGAAAAGUGGACGUUCUUUUAUUCAACCCACCUUACGUUGUCACACCACCAGAAGAGGUGGGUAGCCGUGGAAUCGAGGCAGCCUGGGCUGGAGGGAGACGGGGCCGAGAGGUGAUGGACAGGUUCUUCCCCCUGCUUCCAAAGCUACUGUCCGAUCAGGGGCUGUUUUAUCUGGUCACCGUAGCAGAGAACAACCCAGAGGAGAUUGCCACUUUGCUUGGCAAGUCUGGCCUGCAAGGGACACCCUGUCUCUCCAGACAAACUGGACCUGAGAGCCUGUCCGUGCUGCGCUUCCACAAAAUAUAACCUGCACCCUCCCUGUUCCAUGACUACAAUAGGAUCACAGGACAGCACAAUGCAGCAGAUUUCAGCAAGAACAAGGAACGUUACCACCAAGGGCAGAACUGUAUAUUGAGUGAAAGCCACUGUGGUUUCAUUUGACCAUUGGUCCAACAAGUGACCAUGUUAUGGUGUGUCAACGCUUUAUAUUUGGAGAGAAUCCAGUUAGUAUCGACGACACGUACCAGAAUUAAAUUGUUUGCACUCACUACUGUAGGUCGCCUUGUAUAACAGCCUGCUAAAUCAACAUGUCCAGUAUGAUGUGAAUGUGCCCCAAAGAUUCUUAGAAUUUUUUUUUAUCUUAGUUGGCUGAGCUAUUGGUUUCCACAUUGCUACACAACAGUGGGUGCAAACUGUGGAUAGGAAGGGUAACUAUGUCGGUUUCACAGACAUUAAGCCUAGUUCAGGACUCAUGGUCAACUGUGAUCUCCAUUGAGAUUGAUUUUUCUAGACUACACUUAACUAGUUAGCUAAAUAGAACAUUAUUUUUUAAUAGCUAAAUAAGCCAUUUCCGGUGCUUGUUAUUCGGUUAUUAUGGAUGGCUGCAUCAUGGGUUCAAAUCUGACCUACUGCUUUCAGCAAAACCCUCUUUAGUUAACUUUCCUUUCCAAUAAAGCAUAAAAUGCCUUUAAUAAUAUAUUGAUAGAACCAAAUGAGUGUUUUAUUACAUGCUCACAUGCCCUCAUUACUUCCAAAUUUUAGCUAGCAUUGGUUAAAGUUUAAUGGUUGUCUUAAGGAAACUGAACCAUGGAUUGCAUUUUCCUUGGCUUAGUGAGGAACACUCAAAGUUGAGUGCAACAUUUCCAAAUAAAGGUAUACUUGUUUUCAGGGCACCAAUAACAUUUGAAUCUGGAACCUGUUCUACGUUUCUAGUCCACUGAACUAAUACAGAUUGGAAUUUUAAUAGAUAAUGAUGGGGACCGCAGCUUUGGUAACCAUGAGAAGUUACCAUCACUAUGGACUUCAUGGAUCAUAACCUGUUCCAAAAACCACUGUGGAGGAGUAAGUCUGAGCAUGUACAAAUAGGCCUCUUGAUUCAACUGAGUAACUGGGUCAACUGGGCUUUGUAAAUCUGCUAAAGGGGGAUUGGUUAGGCCUGAGAAGGCCUUUUAUCUGUUCUUUUAAGAUGGAAUCAUGUAGCCCCUCUGUCUUUAAAAGAUAAUUGGCAAUGGACAUUUAGUGCCCUGGGAAGGGGGGUGGCUCCCCACCCACUGGAUCCUAUUAAACCAUGGAAGAAAGUUUGUGCUGGUUGCUUCCUCUAGGUAUGCAGAGUGAAUAAAGGUUCAAUUUGGGCAUUUA